AUGGUUAGAGAGACUCGGCACCUGUGGGUUGGAAAUUUACCCGAUAACAUACGUGAAGAUCGAAUAAGAGAACAUUUUAAACGCUAUGGCCGAGUCCAGAAUGUCAAGUUAUUGGGACGAAUGGAGAGCGCAAGUGCAAGUACGAAUGGAGGUGCUAAUAGCGGUGUUUGUGCCACGGUUGCAUUUAUGGACAUCAAGUCUGCAUCGAAGGCACACAACGUGGAGCACGUGCUGGACGAAAGAACACUUACCACUGAGUAUUACGAGCCGACCGCGAUACCAUCGUCCGCGGGUGCGCCUUCUGCUGGAUCUUCACCUGCCGGCUCCGGUUACUCAGGUUCUUCAUCCUCCGUGAAUUCCGCACCUGCUCCCAUCUCCACUUCGCGUUAUCACCUCUCG